AUGCCAUCUGCAUGUGAAUAUCCAGACCUGAAUAUCGCUGAAGAUGCGGUUUUGCGUAACUCGACGGCUGUACCCGAAGGGAGUUUAGAGGUUAAUGGAUGUGAUUUCAGUAAGGGAACCAAUUAUGAUCACUUGAUUGAUUCUUAUCGAACCACUGGACUACAUGUGAAUUCUAUGGGAAACGCUGUCAGGGUGAAUGCGGUUGUGGUGCCCCUGCGAUAUUCAGUCAAUCUUUCAAUGACACUGUGUUCGACUGCGAUAAUUAAGCUGCGAAAACUGCGAUAA